AUGUCCCCAGUGUUCCAGCAGGGCGACGAGGGCCACAGCUGGUACAUCAUCCUGCGCGGCUCCGUGGACGUGGUGAUCCACGGCAAGGGCGUCGUCACCACCCUGGCCGAGGGGGACGACUUCGGCAAGCUGGCGCUCAUCAACGACGCGCCGCGCGCCGCUUCCAUCGUGCUGCGCGAGAACAACUGCCACUUCCUGCGCGUGGACAAGGACCACUUCAACCGCAUCCUGCGCGACGUGGAGGCCAACACGGUGCGCCUCAAAGAGCACGGCCAGGACGUGCUCAUCCUCGAGAAGAUCUCUAACGCGCACUCGCACUUCAAGUACACGGUGAUGGCGGGCACGUCGCAGAAGAUGCUGGAGCACCUCCUGGAGACCCGCCUCGUCGGCAGCUCAUCUGGCCCCGGCGGCCAGGACGCCCUCUACGGCGACCCCUUCCUGGAGGACUUCCUCCUCACGCACAUCGUGUUCAUGCCGACGCAGCAGCUGGUGGCCGAGCUCUCGCGGCACUACCGCAUCGAGCCCAGCCCCACGCAGGAGCAGGACUUCCUGCUGGCGUGCAAGCGCCGCGUCGUGCAGUUCGUCAACUGCUGGGUGCACACCGUCCGCCACCCCGUGUUCGACGACCCGCACUCCCUCGCCUUCCUCGAGGAGCUGGCCGGCGAGGUGGAGCACGACGCCAUGACGCACCCCAGCCUGCAGGAGGAGGCCUCCCUCAUGCACCACGUCAUGUCGCAGCUGCGGCGCUACCAGGAGGACCGGGCGGCCGCCUCGGGGCAGAAGUGGAAGCUGCCGCCGUGCGGCCAGCCCGUCGCGCCCUUCUCC